AUGCCUUCUCAGGCUGAAUGUUACAACAGUAUCGGCAGCAACACUGGCUCGCCAGAGACAUCUGCAGCUGCUGCCAGCCCGGCCCCCUUAUCAAUGGAAACACCGCAGGGCCGUGGACUCAGCCAGCUGGCAUGCAACGUCAUCGGCUCCGACCCUCAUUGUCUCUUUGGACCAGCAGAAGAGCAUUUUUUCACGAGGCUGCUGCCCCAGCUCAGUGAGACAAUCCCUUUCGUGGCAGCUGCUUCGGCUGCAUUCGGCGCUGCCUACAGCAUCACAGUCUUGCAGAAAGACAAUGCUGUGGCCCGUGGUGAGGAGCAAUAUUUGCAGGCCCUCAAAUUACUCCAGCACGAGCUCAGGUCGCCACACAAACGACUCCUGCCGUUCUUCAUCAGCUCCGUCCUCCUGGCUGCCGCCGAUGUUAUUAGUGGCCGUAUGGCCAAUGCACACGUCCAUCUGCGUUCCAUGUUCUCCAUCUUCUUUUCUGGCGUGGAUGGUGAAGAGCAUCCCAAAGAGGUAUCUCGACGUCUGUCUGUCCUCAGCGGAGUUGACUGUGCCGGAGAAACAGAGAACUACUUUGUUUACAUCCUUAUAUUACUCGAUACACAGACCGCCCUGUACGCUUGGACGAGACCUCCAUCAAUACCGAGUCGUUUCCGCACUGAUUACUUCAUACUAGACACCAUCAACGACCUUGCUCAGCACCAACCCGUGCUGGUACACGCAUGCCUACACUUCCUGGGCAAUAUACUCGCAGGAAGAGCAGCCCGAGGAAUUCUUGACCCUCCCGAAGAACAACUACGCGAACAGUCCAAGCUCAUCGCAGCUCUGCGUCACUGGCUUCUGAGACGAGACCAAUUAUUGGCAGACAACACAAUCCAUUCAUAUCUACCACCCGAGCGAAUCAGAUACCUCACCGUCCUCACAGCACAUUGCUACGGCAUGCUCGUCUCGAUAUCGACCAUUCUCGCUCAAAACCAAAUGAUCUACGAUGCCUUCAUGCCCGAGUUCUCACGAAUCGUCCAAUGCGCCGAACAGGUCCUCGGCCCCGUCGACCUCUCCAACCCCCACCCUCAAACCCCCAACCUGGAACCCUUCUCCCCCAACCCGGGCCUCAUCCAACCCCUCAGCAUCACCGCCCGCAAAUGCCGCUCCCCACACAUCCGCAGGAAAGCCGUCUGGCUCCUCCUCCUCACCGGCAGCGAAGGCCCCCUGACAGGGCCAUAUGACGCCUCGCUCGGCAAACGCAUCUGCGAGAUCGAAGAAGCCCGCGCCUUCUCCUUCGACCUCUCUCCAGAAGACUAUCACUCGUUACAGGCAGGAGAUGUUGACGAGUACGCCCGCGUCCGCACCUGCUGGCGGCCCAGCAUGCGGCGGCUGCCCACAAAGCCCUUCGCGCCCCACGUGAGGUUUGCGAGGCGCCUGCCGCCACCGCCGCCGCCGCCGCCGUCGUCGUCGGCGCUGCAUCAGACGUGGGACGAGGAAGGCCGUCUGGAAGUCUGGACGGAGAAGAUCGUGCCGAUUGGGAAUCCGCGAUCGCAGGUGCCGGAGCCGGUCCUGGAGUGGUCGGACCCGUUGACUUGGCGGUUAUUGCCGUUUGAAAUCGCUUGA